CGAAUACGCCAUGUUCUACUUCCACCAAUCUCUGAUGACGCUGUCAGUGGAGAGAACGUGCAUGAGUCUAUACGUCCGCAGCGCCCCAAUCACGACUGUCUUCCCCGCCCCUCUCGCGCUGCUAACAAUAGCGUUCAAUGGCCUCUUUCUGCACAGCCAUUCACGGCGUUGUCAUAUUCUGAGACCGCUCUGGAUUCUCUCUUGGAGACAAAUUGAGAACCUUCUAUGAAGUACAGGCACUUAGUGAAGUGAGGGAAAUGAGACGACGUCCUAGGUGUCUGCCGCUCCGGCAUCGGCGUAAUGGGCUGCGGUUGGCGCUUCACUACGGACUGGGUGUUCCGAUGAGCAGCGUUCAGCUCCAAUCCAAAAGGGCCGGUAGCGGCGACGUUCAACGCCGUAUUGGUCAAACAGAGUUUCAGGGUGUGCGCAGCGAGCGUCACGAAGUCAACGCGAGCAGUUGGAUGAGAGGGUGAUGCGUGGCAAAGACCGGGGAGCUCAAACGUACCCCUUGUUCCUCACGCAUUAGCGCAGCGCGACACGAGCGUCGGGAGCGGGCACCCUGCACGUUUGAAAGCAUAGCGCAAUUGCCAGAGAGCCCCAGCACUUCAGGGUAGAAUCGAAUGUGCGGAUUGUUCCUGUCCUAUCGCACCGCUCAAGGAGUAAGUACUGUGGUAGAUGCACGCGUAGGUGCGCCGUUCGUCCACGAAGUGACAGUUUAUGUAAACCUCCUUGUUGAACCGUGU